UGCUUCGUUCCGUCCACACCGGUACCACUUCAACAUCAAAAUGCACCGUAGUAUUGACUAUUCGAUAUUAUACGUAUCAUAGAAUAUUCAGGAAUAAUUACGAAAGACUACUAAGGCACGGGUCAUGUGAGUUGCAAAUUUAGUGCAUUUUUUGUCAUAAAUGUGAAGUUAGCGCGAAAGUUCAAAGUUCACCAUGACGGAACAGGAUGUAAACAAACGGUUAGAUACAUAUAGAUAUUUCUUGCAACUUGCUUUUCUCGUCUUAAAAAUUCCAUUUUUGUGUUGUAAAUCUCUGGUUAUUAGUUUAUAUCCUGCAAAACUGAAGGAUAUUUCAAAUGACGUCGUGUUGAUAACUGGCGGAAGUCGAGGAAUUGGGCGACAGUUGGCAUUGGAACUAACCAAAUACAAACCAGAACACAUUGUGUUGUGGGGUCGAAAUCUGGCACAUCUGGAGUCAACAGCUGCUGAUGUGCGAAGCCUCGGAAUCGAAUGUUCUUGCAUGUCCUGUGAUGUAGGAGUCCGAGAACAGAUAUAUGCAAAGGCACAGGAGAUCAAAGACACCAUAGGCCCUGUGUCAAUUCUGGUCAAUAAUGCAGGAAUGGUGACAGGACGCAAAAUUGUGGACAGCAUUGAUGAGGAGUUGGACGCUACAUUUGCUGUCAACAGCCUGGCUCACAUAUGGACACUCAAAGCAUUCCUACCAGAUAUGAUAGACAGAGGUAAGGGCCACAUUGUAACAAUGAGUUCUGUAUUAAGUAUGAUGAGUAUGGCUGGCCUGUCGGACUACUGCAGCUCCAAGUUUUCCACAACUGGGCUUUCAGAGGCCCUCUACUGGGAGAUUGAGGAGUACUCAAACAUCUUUAUCACAUCUAUACAUCCAUACCUGGUGACUAACGACAUGUUCUCAUCAAUGAAGCUCAGAUUUCCUAGACUGAUUCCUUCCUUAUCUGAGACAUAUGUAGCGGAGCGGACUGUACAAGCCAUACUUACUAACACAUCAUACAUCAUUAUGCCACGGAUCAUGUAUAUCAUCAUCCUAGCUCAGAGAAUUUUCCCCCAGAGUGUUUUAUUGCCUGUUUACAAGUUCCUGGGUACAGAUACAGCAAUGGACAACUUUAUGUCUCCGAGGUCUUCGCCCUCAAAGGUCAAGUCAAGUUAGCGCCUGGUCAGUGAGGUGUGUGAUUAUGUUGAGACUGUGAUAUGAAGAACAGGAGAGAGAAAAAUACAUCCAAAAACAUUUAACAGGAGAGAGAAAAAUACAUCAAAAACAUUUAACAGGAGAGAGAAAAAUACAUCAAAAAAACAUUUAACAGGAGAGAAGAAAAAUGGCAAACAUUGAGCAUGCUAGUUCCUGAGGAAAGUCAAUAUUACCGUAAUGAAUGAAGAAUGAAACAUCUUAUAGAGCAUACUGUAUAAAGGGAACAGUUUUCCCUUUAUCCCCCUUCCCUUCCCUUUCAUAGAAAUAUAUUUUUACCUCCAGUUGAAUUUACUCAGUAUGAUAUUUGUCUCAUGUGAGAUGGAAUCAGAGUAAGACAUAUUUUUUUGCUUUUCUGUCGAUAGCAGCAUCAUUUAUGUUACAAACUAAAGUUGUUCAUUAAUUACCAAAAAAUUACAAAAUUAUCACUAAACAUGUUUAUACUAGUUGAUAUAUAUAUAUUUAAGCAAGGGUGUCGCAGCACAUGAUUUUCAUUAUGAUUAUAUGGACUUUGCUAAUGGGGUAAUAUCAAAUGAAUGUAAAAGUUUUGCUGUUUAGCUGGGAGUUGAGCUUAUAGUUUCUCUCUAAGUUCAUGUAUUUUGAAUAUACUUAUAUCUAUGGGUAGUCAUCCCAACACACAUUUCAGAUUCUGAAUUUCUUUCACUAAUUACUGUUAAUUAGUAUAACUGGACUGUUGUUAAAUUUUACAAUGUUAAAGUUUUUCCUGUUUA